UUGAGCUCUAGACUCUAUUCUCUUUAAGUUUUAAGUAUGCUCUUCUUCUUUUUCCCAUGUGAUCACCACCUAUUCUUCCUAUUGAUCAUCAUCUUCUUCCCCUUAUCAUCCUUAUCUGAAUUAUAUGACUCUAGAUAUUCAAACUGCACACCCUCGGUGUUCAAAUGUGGAGAUAUCCCACAAUUGAUCAAAUACCCUUUCAAUGGAAAUGGAAGACAAGGUUACUGUGGGUACCCAGGAUUCGAUCUCAAUUGCGUGGGCAACAACCAGAAAGCUACGAUUUCGAUCGAAUCCGAGGACUACGAUGUUCUGGAUAUCUAUACUGAUAGCCGAACCAUGAAGAUCGUCCAGAAUGGUUUAUCUCAAGAUACAAUUUGUACUUCUGGGGGAGCCGGGAUCCUUGUAAACAUCACCUUCAAUUACACCAUCUUCAAAUAUGCUCCUGGUUACAUCAAUUUGACUCUGUUCUUUGGAUGCUCUUCCGAAUCCUCCACCAUGAUUCAUGGAUAUCCCAAUCCAGAUCUAGCGGGUAAUGUUACUUGCAGCCCCAUUACUGGGGGUGGGUUCGUUCCAUUUACAAUUGGAUUCAAUGAAGUCCAAGCAGAAAAGCUUGCCAAGAAAGGGGGCUGCAACAGAAUUGUGAUCGUUCCUGUUCUUGAAUUGAAUGUACAAGAGAUUUUAGACAAUUCUUCAGCUCUUGCAACAAUUCUUAUGGAUGGUUUUGAGUUGGAGUGGAUGGCCAUCGUUGAUGGAGACUGUUGGAUGUGCAUGAAAUCGGGUGGGACAUGUGGUUAUAACACCAGUUUGGGUCAUCCUACUUGCUUUUGCAAAGAUCAAGCUUACGAUGGAAUGUGUCCCAAAUCCAAAGGUACAUCCUCAUGAGUAUCUCUUCUCAGUUAGUUUCCUUUCUCAAGAGUAUUUCAGCUCUUCUAGUCUCUUAUCAAAAAAGAAAAAAAUGCUCUUCUAGUCUUUC